GACAGGAGCUGAUACUAAUUCCCCAAGCGCCACCAUAAUUCCUGUAAUCCUGUAAAAACGCAAUUAUGCGUACGAAUCUUCCUUUCCAUAGAAUGAUUAGAAUCUAAGUCCUUUUCUGUACUCUGGACUUUGUUUUCCUCUUGGUAAUCGUAAACUUUUAGUAAGAGACUUCGUACUCUCUCUCUCUCUCUCUCGUUGCCUUGUUGCUGUCUGUGCAAGUGCUCUCAAGUCACUCUUUCAUGAGCAUUCUACUACACUUGGCCCUUAGAUUUCGAUGGAGAUGAGAAUUUUGGGUUUAAUUUUCUUGGCAAUUUUCUGGGCUUUUGGGAGCCUAGAAGAAGCAAGUUCUCAUGGUGAUCAACCCCUUUCAAGAAUUGCCAUUGAUAGGGCACUUGUUGCUUUAGAUAAUGGUGCUUAUGUUAAAGCCUCGCCUUUGGUUCUUGGAUCAACGGGCCAGAACACAGAAUGGGUGACCUUAGAAUAUAGCUUUCCGAACCCAACAAUUGAUGACUGGAUUGGAGUUUUUUCGCCGGCCAAUUUCAGUGCUUCCACAUGUCUUCCAGAAAAUCCAAGUUUUUCUCCUCCAUUCUUAUGUACAGCGCCUAUUAAGUAUCAAUAUGCCAAUUAUACAAAUCCCAAGUACACAAACAACGGGAAAGGGCUUCUGAAGCUUCAGUUAAUCAACCAAAGAUCAGACUUCUCAUUUGCUCUAUUUACAGGCGGAUUAUUAGACCCUAAGCUGGUUGCAGUAUCAAAUACGAUUGCCUUUGCAAAUCCAAAGGCACCAGUUUACCCACGUUUGGCUCAAGGCAAGAUCUGGAAUGAAAUGACUGUUACUUGGACAAGCGGAUAUGGACUCAAGGAAGCUGAACCUUUCGUUGAAUGGGGUCUAAAAGGAGGAGAACAAAAGCGGUCCCCAGCUGGAACACUGACUUUUGAUCGCAGGAGCAUGUGUGGUGCUCCAGCGAGAACAGUGGGUUGGCGUGACCCUGGAUUCAUACACACUAGUUUUCUAAAAGAGUUGUGGCCUAACUCAGUGUAUACUUACAAGCUGGGGCAUAGAUUGUUCAACGGUACAGUCAUUUGGAGUUCACCUAACCAGUUUAGGGCAUCUCCUUACCCUGGUCAAAACUCUCUACAACGUGUAGUGAUCUUUGGAGAUAUGGGAAAGGAUGAGGCUGAUGGCUCUAAUGAAUACAAUAAUUACCAGCGUGGCUCUCUUAACACCACUAAGCAGCUUAUUAGAGACUUGGAUAACAUUGACAUAGUUUUCCACAUUGGGGAUAUCUGUUAUGCAAACGGAUAUAUUUCACAGUGGGAUCAAUUUACUGCACAGGUUGAGCCUAUCACCUCAACCGUACCUUACAUGGUUGCGAGUGGUAAUCAUGAGCGUGAUUGGCCAGGAACAGGUUCCUUCUAUGGGAACAGGGAUUCUGGAGGAGAAUGCGGUGUGUUAGCCGAGACUAUGUUCUAUGUACCUGCUGAGAACAGGGCUAAAUUCUGGUAUGCCACUGACUAUGGCAUGUUUCGAUUCUGCAUAGCUGACACAGAACAUGAUUGGAGAGAGGGAACGGAGCAAUAUAACUUCAUUGAGCACUGUCUAGCGUCCGUUGACAGACAAAAACAACCGUGGCUGAUAUUCCUUGCACAUAGAGUAUUGGGUUAUUCUUCUGCCGAUUGGUAUGCUGCUGAAGGAUCCUUUGAGGAACCAAUGGGAAGAGAGAGUCUUCAGAAACUUUGGCAGAAGUACAAGGUUGACAUAGCCUUAUAUGGCCAUGUGCACAACUAUGAAAGGACAUGCCCCAUUUACCAGAACAUUUGCACAAAUCAAGAGAAGCACAACUAUAAGGGCAUCUUGAAUGGGACAAUUCAUGUAGUUGCUGGUGGAGGAGGAUCAAGCCUUGCAGAUUUUACUCCCCUACAAACCACUUGGAGUAUUUUCAAAGACUAUGAUUAUGGGUUUGUGAAACUCACUGCAUUCGACCAUUCGAAUCUGUUGUUCGAGUACAAGAAAAGCAGGGAUGGUAAAGUUUAUGAUUCCUUCACAAUUUCACGGGAUUAUAGAGACGUCUUGGCUUGCACUUUUGACAGUUGCCCGAGUACGACUCUGGCAUCUUGAUUUUAAUGUGGACAGAGAGAUUUGCUUUUUGAGUUUUUCGAUUCAUCUGGUAGUCCUGUUUUGUUACCAACCCUUUUUUUUUUUGACGAUUUACAGGUGCUGUUUUACCGUGCAAAUGUAACACUAAAUUUAAGACUGGUAAUUACACUGUGAUUAUUUUCAUGUCUGUUGCAAUUUGAGAAUUUAAACAUAGAUCUCUUAGCCAUCGUGAGAAUUGUAAAGUGUACCGGUGUGUUUAACAUCGACCCGGGUGAUUUUUGAA